ACUGCUGCUGCCCACUGCCCAACUGCAAACAAGGCGCAACGCAACGACAGAAUCGGGCAAUCGGAGUCAUGGAAAUUUUUUGAAUCAUCGCAUCCAACAGAAAAGCACUUUUCCAUGACAUUUUCCAUCGCCACGGCUCACACGGAGCUCUGAACAUGCCCAGACUUCACAGUGACACUCAUCCGCGCAUUUCCUAUUCGUAGACGUACUUUUUAGCAUCUCAAAUGCAACGAUCGCUGAGAUCAAGGACUACCCUCCCCUCUCCAUACCCCGGACAGCUAUGACAGACAUCGCGUCGCCGCCCCAUGCUGAAGCUGCACCCGCACACGACAAUGGAGCUGCGGGAGAGAACGGGAACAAGAAGACGAAUGCGACCGCAACUGCUGUCACAAAUGGGAAACCAGAGUUAGACCCUAUAGACACCAGUCCUGUCAAUAAUCCCCACGAUCCCGACAGUGACUCUGAUCUAACUCCCAUUAAAUCCGACGACGACGACGCCAUCGACCAGUCUCUCUCGCAAGACGCGUCUACCCUCCAACGCGCCCAUCAAAGUCCCCCGGACCAAGACAGGCCCGCCAAGCGACCUCGAUUGUCCACGCCACCGUCCAAUUCUCAAUCAAAGAAGCCCAAGCCCAUAUCCCCGCCCUGGAAAAGGUUCCAGGCUGAUAAACCAACCACCAUAGUCACUGAGGAUGGCAAGCGUAGAUCAGGGCGCACACUCCCUACAUCCACCGACAACGUCGUCGUUGCCAACGCCGAGGCCGAGGCCGACGCCAGUACUGCCCAAGUCGGUGCCGCCGACGUCAAGCAGCCCAUAUCGCCCCCAUGGAAGAGGUUCGAAGCUCAGAUCCCAACAACAUUCGUCGAAGAUGGGAAGCGCAGAUCCGGACGCACUAACCUAGCACACCUCGAUUCUCCUGAAGGGAAAAGGAGCAAACGCCCUGCACGAGGUACUUUGCACGAACAGACCGGCACGCCUGCGGGCAAUCGCCUGACCAAUGGCCACCCUCGAAGUGUCUCGUCCAGCAAAGCUACUCCGGCCAAAACCUCUACGCCUACGUCCAAAUCCAAGCCUGCCAGCAACAAGAAAGCCCCCGUCUCCAGCUCAAAGUCCGCUCCCAAGGUCUCGAAUCGUCGGCGAUCUCCUCCGCCGCCUCCAGUCUCUCCGCAACGAACCUCUGCUAGGCAACGCAGUUCUCGCAAUUUACGUGGCGACUUCGAUUCUGCGCCGCGCGACUCGUAUCUUUCACAUCAAGGAAGCCCGCGGUCGACAAGAAUAAAACUGCGCGUGCGAGCCACAGCAAUUCCCAUUGUGCAUCCCGGUCAAGUGAACGUCUUCCCAGGGCAGACAGUGGCCAGACCUAAGCUGGGAGAGAACUUUGCCGAUUACGUUCAGAAAGCAUCCAAUGUUGAUAUCAGAGACGGUGGUUGGCAAGAUCCUACCGAUGAUGCGCCAGUCUACACGGAAGAGCAAGCAGAGGCAGACGCCAAAGUCUUGUUACGAGUUGAGGACGAGUCGAGACCCGGGGGGAUAUUGAGCGAAGAGCGCUGUGCGCUGUUUGUUCCCGACCCUGCCGAGGAACCGGCGCGGCAAUGGGCACAUUACGAUCAUCUCGUCAGAGCGGCGACCAACUUCAGAAAACUCUUGGUCAAGGAACAUUAUAUACACAAGCAGGCAGCAAAAAGACUAGCCGAGGCCUGUCGCGAUGAAUGGAUACGGCGGCAACCAAAGAGUGCGGAACAAAUUGAAGCAGAAGCUAGGAUUCUGUGGAUAGCAAGAUACAAAUCAGUUGUGAGGGCCUUGGUAGGCACGUGGGAGAACGUUCGUCUUGAGAUUAAUCGCCGCCGCCUGGAAGAAUUUGAGGCCAAGAGACAAAGAGAGGUGAAAGCGGCCCUCAAUGAGGCCGUCAAUAUGUCCGAGCUUAAACUCCAGGCACGUCGCGCCCAUUUCGACUCCGAAGCCAUGUCCUCUGACGAAGAUGAAGAGGAAGAUAUGGAAGACAUCGAUGCGGAGGACGACGGCAUGGAUUCGGAUGAUGCUAGUAAUGGCGACAUUGAGUUGGAUCGUACAUCCCAGUCCAGUGCAGCCAUGGGUGAAGAUGCAGAUAACAUGUCAUCUUCCGACGAUGAGGAGGAUGCCAAGUCCGUCACUUCGGAUGCCGAGUUGGAUCAAGAACAGCUGCGACAAAAAUAUGCCAAUAUUCCGGAUCUACCUCAAGCUCAAGUUGCCCUUGUGGGCGAGGAUAACGACGACGCCGCAUCCUCUCGACCUCUGGGCGAUGAGACUAGUGACGAGUCUGUAGACAUGGAUGACGAUAUGGGGUCGAGUGACGAAGGCAUGGACAGCGAAGACGAGGAGGAAUCGGAAAGCGCCAGUGUCGAAGAAGACGGAGAAGAGGAGGAAGAACCCACAGGCUUGCUGGGUAUGCUAUUCGGCAAAUCUGAGUUGAAAAAGUUGCAAAAAGAAGCACCCGCCGACGAAUCUCAAGAGAUAACCGAUGUUUCAAUGGCAGAUGUAUCACCAUCUGUCGACGGGGCACCGACAACUAACACUAAUGGGUAUGAUGCGUCGGAGGAUGCGUCCAACUCCAUUCAGCCAAAUACGGAACAGGUGGACGCUCCAAGGAACCCUUAUCAAGCUAACAAACCUGAUGCACCUGCCACUGUGCCCGAGCCUCUUCAACCGGGCGCGGUGCAGAAGGAGGUUAUUGAGACUGUUGAACAGGUCCAAAAUGACAGCCCUGAUGUUCCAAUGGCAGACCCAGAUGUCGAGUCUCCAGCGGUCACUACCACAGAGGUUGCGGUCGCGCCAAACACUGCAAAUGCGAGCCCAGGAACUGACGGUGCCACAAAUUCGGCCAGCCGUGAUGAUAGCCAAUCUCCCAGAACAUCCGAUACCAAGGCGUCAGAAAUUGACAGUGCUUCUUCAGCGAUGCAAGUCGGCGCAAGCAGGUCUGUAUCGCCCUCUGCUCACGUGCCGAAGACGGAGAUCCCGUUCUUACUCCGCGGCACGUUGCGAGAGUAUCAACAUUUUGGCUUAGACUGGCUGGCAGGAUUGUAUCAAAACAAAACAAAUGGUAUAUUGGCCGAUGAGAUGGGUCUCGGGAAGACCAUCCAAACCAUUUCGUUGCUGGCUCAUCUUGCUUGCCAUCAUGGAAUCUGGGGGCCUCAUCUUGUCAUCGUACCAACUAGUGUCAUGCUCAACUGGGAAAUGGAGUUCAAGAAAUUCUUCCCUGGUUUCAAAGUUUUGUCCUAUUAUGGAAGCAUCGAAGAACGAAAGCGGAAGCGUCAGGGUUGGCAGAGCGAUGAUAUGUGGAACGUGUGCGUUACAUCUUACCAGAUCGUACUGCAGGAUCAUCAAGUCUUCAAACGGCGACGGUGGCACUACAUGAUCCUCGAUGAAGCGCACAAUAUCAAAAAUUUUCAGUCGAAACGAUGGCAAACUCUGCUCGGAUUCAAUACUCAAGCACGCCUCCUGCUCACCGGAACACCACUCCAAAACAACCUCACAGAACUCUGGUCCUUACUUUUCUUUUUAAUGCCAUCAGAAAACGGCGUCGGUGGCUUUGCAGAUCUGGCAGAGUUCCACGAAUGGUUCCGCAAGCCAGAAUCGCAAAUAUUAGAAAGCGGCCGGGAACAAAUGGAUGAUGAAGCAAGAGCCAUCAUCGCCAAACUGCAUAAAGUCCUGAGGCCGUACCUACUCCGUCGUCUCAAAGCCGACGUCGAAAAGCAGAUGCCGGCCAAAUAUGAGCACGUGGAAUUUUGCCGUUUAUCUCGCCGCCAGCGAGAAUUAUACGAUGGGUUCCUUGCCCGCACAGACACCAGAGAGGCUUUAGCAUCUGGUAACUACAUCUCAGUCAUCAACUGCCUCAUGCAGCUCCGGAAGGUGUGCAACCAUCCCGACCUAUUUGUGGAGCGGCCCAUCAUGACGUCGUUCCGUCAGCGAACCUCUGUCAUCGGCGAGUAUGCCUUUACGAACCAUUUAUUAAAGGAUAAGCUCCUGGCAGAGAAGCCAAUGCGUACUGUCAGCUUGAGAUUCCUGAAUUUCUUGCCCACCCACUACGAGGACCUGUCACUUGGCGACUGCCAUCGCGUGGCACAGUUGACAACACACCAUGAUUUGAUGGGGCUACGUGAAAUUCAGAAACAGCGUGCCGAAGAAGGUUCGAUGAGUCUAGACCCGUCUACUGUCGAAUCGAACAUUAUCUAUCUAGAAAGUGCAUCGAGAUGGCGACGUUUUGAGGAGCUACAGCAUUCUGUAUACUUGAAUGCACUUCGUCGUCAGCAGCAGCCCGUCUAUGGUAAACGACUCCGGGAUUUUCUCACUAUCGAUGUCAGUAAGCGGCCAUUUAAACCACGCCCAAAGGUACCAGCCAAAGUCAUGGCUUGGUUUGAAGAGGAUUCCACAUUCUUGCGCUCUGCAGUCCUAAAUCUGGACCAGCGUGCAGAAUCGAUGAAAACAACAAUAUCCAAGUUCGCAUGUAUCACACCAGCCGUCAUUACGAGGGACAUUGAUCAAUUCGUCUUGGGGUCCAAGGGUGUCAAUGCAUUCACCGAAGCCGACUUGCGUCUUGCGGCUCCUGUUCGAUAUUCGCCAUUCAUGCCUAAGGAGGUUCCACUGGAUCCCUGGCACGAAGCACGAAUGCGCCUGAGUAUCCAGUUCCCAGAUAAACGCCUUCUACAGUACGAUUGCGGCAAGUUACAGGUUCUGGAUAAACUUCUGCGCAAGCUCCAGUCUGGUGGUCACCGCGCCUUGAUUUUCACACAGAUGACCAAAGUCCUGGAUCUCUUGGAACAGUUCCUGAACAUACACGGUCACAAAUAUCUCCGCCUCGAUGGUGCGACCAAAGUUGAACAACGCCAAAUCCUUACCGACCGGUUUAACAACGACCCACGUAUCUUGUGCUUCAUCUUGUCCACAAGAUCUGGUGGCUUGGGCAUCAAUCUGACUGGUGCCGACACUGUGAUCUUCUACGACCAGGAUUGGAAUCCGGCUAUGGACAAACAGUGUCAGGACAGAUGCCACCGUAUCGGUCAGACAAGAGACGUUCACAUAUAUCGUUUGGUCUCCGAGCACACCAUUGAGGCCAACAUUUUGCGCAAAGCUAGCCAGAAGCAGAUGCUCGACGAUGUUGUUAUUCAGGAGGGUGGCUUUACUACAGAUUAUUUCAAUAAAGUGUCCGUUCAUGAUGCCCUGAAAGGAGCAGACGAUAAUGUGGGCGAGGACGUGGUUGGGGAUGCCAUGGACCGUGUACUUGGCACCGCUGAGCAAGGUGGCGAGCGGGCAGUUGGUCGCGUAUUGGAACAGGCCGAAGAUAGAGAAGAUGUCGCUGCUGCUCAUGUAGCCGAAAAGGAGAUUCGGGAAGAUGACGCCGACUUCGACGAGAAUGCGCCUACGGCAUCAGCCUCGGGGACAUCCAGUGCUAGGCAAGGUACCCCGGCUACGAGAGAUGCUUCUGCUGCUCCUGGGCGGUCGAACUUGGGACUCUAUGAACAGUCUGUCAGUGAACUGGCGGAAACUGAGCUCAACGCCUGGGGUGAACAGGUCCACAAUAUUGAUGAGUUCAUGAUGAGCACCAUGACGAUAAUGCUCGAGGGCACACCACUCGAGAUUCCAAAGGACAAAAAGAAAGGCAAGAACCAUAAAAAGGGCAAAGAUCAUAGGAAGCGAUGAAAGGGCCAAGGAUCUGCUGUACCACUUCAAUUAAUGUAUUAUAUAUUGUGCGACUCCUGAUGCAAUGCGUCUCUGCUGGAGAGCCAAACCGAGCAAGAUCUAGAAUGGUGAAAACGGGACCGGACAGCAUGGACAAGGUUUCUAUACAUAUGGCAAGGCGUUACGGUCGGAUGGGACUUGGGUCGUGGGAAGACGCAUUGGCGACUAUUCAAAAAGUACUGUACCAACUAGAGACACCUCAAUGAGACAUGAAGGCCCCUCGGUCUGACCACUUAAACCUACAACUGCGCAUUCAGACGUGUCGCUUGUCUUGCAAAUCAUG